CCACAAAUCACCAACCCUAAACACUCCUGCCGCGUUGUAAUUCCUCCGGAGAAGAAGCCCUCGUCGUCCCAACCCACUUCCGUGUAAUUCCCUCCGAGAAGCAUCCAUAAUUCCAGUCACCGUCCCUGCAAGUCCAUGAAAGUGUGUGUGCGGGAGCUUCUUUUGUUACAAGAUUCCAUGCUGUUUGAUCUUCCAUUCAUUGUUGGUUGGAAUAGGUGAUCUCGGAAAUUUUAGGUAUCCUAAAUUUUAGUGACCCAUACAUAAAUUUUUAGGAUUUGAGAGAGUAGCUGGCACUCAUCGUAGCCUUUCACCAACCAAUUCCACGGAAAGGUAUAGGCCCAUGCCACCAUCACGAUCACCGCCAGCUGCGCUCCCCUCCACGGGGAGAAGCAAUACGAACAAGAAGCAGCAGCUACUAAUUACUCUACACAUGGGAGGGACAUGGAGCAAACAGAAGUAUGUAGCAACCCAAGGAAGCGGAAUAGAGAAACAUCGUCUAAAGAUUCCUUUGACUUCGGCACUUUUAGAUUUGACAUAUUCAGAGCUCAUUGAUCAUGUGAAAAGGGAGGCAGGUCCAUUUGGAGAUGAGAAAUUGACCUACAAAUCAUCCAAGAAGCCUGUAUUAGGCAUGCGUAUACCAGGCGUGAGAAAAGUUGAUUUUUUAGCACUUACUAUCAAGAGCGAGUGGAAAUGAAGCCCUUUUUGAAUUAUGUGGCAGAGCUUUUAGCUUCAUCCAAACCCGUAAACUUGUACCUUGGGUGAAUCCUUCGUGAAGCCAUGUUUUAUGUUUUGUUUUUACUAGUAAUGUUUGUUUAAGAUGGUUAAGUACUGAGAUGCUUCGGUUUAUUGUUA